AUGGGGCCAGGGAAGGUGACCACCACGGGGAGCGGCUGGAUCAAGGCAGACAAGUCAGGGCACUGGCGGGCGCACAGCUCGUUGCAGCUCUCAGCGAUGGGCUGGGGCACAGCCAUGCUGGUUUUGGUGGGGUACACAGCCCUCUGCUCCAUCUGUGGCCACUGUGGCUUGGGUGCUGCCUCGCUGCACUCCUGCCAUGGCUACCAUCUCUUGCAGAGCACUCUUGCACCCCUCACCAAGAUGUCCUGCUAUGACCUGUGCACCCCCAAAACCAGCGUGGCUGUGCCCCAGCCCAUCGCUGAGAGCUGCAACGAGCUGUGCGCCCGCCAGUGCCCCGAAUCGUCCGCCUUGAUCCAGCCGCCCCCCGUGGUGGUCACCUUCCCAGGCCCCAUCCUCACCUCCUUCCCCCAGCAAGCCGUGGUGGGCUCCUCUGGAGCACCGGCCUUUGGCGGCUCCCUGGGGCUGGGCGGCCUCUACGGCGCCGGCGCCACCCAGGCCUCGGGUGGCCUCUGCACCUUUGGCAGAGCCUGUGCUGCUCCCGCCUACAGCCCUUGCGCCCUGCCCCGCUACAGCAAGAAGCUCUGGGACACCUGCGGGCCCUGCUAG